AACCUGCGUUUGCGUUAUUCCGUAUUUCCAAGAAAAAUGUUCCUUAAAGAAAAUAUGGAUUAAAUAAGAUCGAAUGAAACGAAGAACAAGUGUAAUUUAAAAUUCGGUCGCACAAGAAUAGGCAGUUCGAAUCGUACUCUCUAGCGCAAAAUAAACACAGAACAAUGAAUUCUGUCAGUAGACCUGUAUCAGAGAUACUCAAGAAUAAAGAUAUCGAUGAGCCUAAAAAACGAAGUAGAGAAGAUUGGCGUAAAGCAAAAGAGUUAGAAGAAGCCAGAAAAGCUGGUAAUGCUCCUGCUGCUGUGGAUGAAGAUGGAAAGGAUAUUAAUCCUCAUCUACCACAGUAUAUUUCUUCUGCUCCAUGGUAUUUUGGUGCGAAAACUGCAACUUUGAAACACCAAAGGCCCCAACCUGAUCGACAGAAAGAUUUCAGUCAAAUUAGUGAUGAAUAUGUACGAGGAUUAAAGGGUUCAAUUUGUGUCCGCUAUCGCCCUGGUGCAUGUGAGAACUGUGGUGCAAUGACACACACGAAAAAAGAUUGCUUAGAGCGACCCAGAAAAGUUGGUGCUAAAUAUUCGCAAAGUGAUUUUGCACCGGAUGAGACAGUACUUCCAAAUCUCAUGCUAGAUUAUGACGGUAAAAGGGACCGUUGGAGUGGUUACGACCCAAGCAACUACCACAAUAUUGUUGAGGAAUUUUCUAAAAUUGAAGAGGCUAAGCGUCAUUUAAAAGAAGAGAAACUAAAGCAAGAUUAUUUAUCAGAUGAAACUAACUUAGCUAAAGAACAGACAAAAGAUGCUGAUAUUGAUGACGAUGAUGAUGAGGAGAAGUAUGCAGACCAUGCUGAUAUGCCAGGUACAAAAGUAGACAGCAAACAAAGAAUUACGGUCAGAAAUCUUAGAAUUCGAGAAGAUACUGCUAAAUAUCUCCGAAAUCUAGAUCCUAACUCUGCAUAUUAUGAUCCCAAGACGAGAGCAAUGAGAGAUAACCCUUACAAAACCACUGGAAAAGAUGCUACAGAGUUAGCUUAUGCUGGUGAUAACUUUGUUCGUUAUACGGGAGAUACUUCAAAGCAUAGUCAGACACAAUCUUUUGCAUGGCAAGCCUAUGAGAAAGGAGUGGAAGUGAACUUGCUGGCAGAACCCACAAAGGCAGAACUUCUUCAUCAAGAAUUCAAAGUGAAGAAGGGAGAAGUGAAGGACAACAUUAAGAACAGCAUCAUUGAUACUUAUGGGGGAGAAGAAUAUUUGGAAGCUCCACCAAAACAAUUGAUAUUCUCUCAAUCUGAAGACUAUGUGGAGUACUCAAGGCAAGGAAAUGUUAUUAAAGGAGAUGAAAAACCUGUCAUCAGGUCUAAAUAUGAGGAAGAUGUUCACAUUAAUAAUCAUACUGCUGUUUUUGGAUCGUAUUGGCAAGAUUUCCAGUGGGGUUACAAAUGCUGCCAUUCUUUUAUUAAGAAUUCAUAUUGCACUGGACUUGCGGGGAAAGAAGCUUUUAAAGAAGUAUCAUCUAUAUCUUUGUUGACAGAAAAAUUGGCCAAACCAGUCGCAAGUAAUCCAGAACCAGCACACAACUCAGAAGAUUCGACUCAAGAGGAUCAAAUAAAGAAAAAGAAACACAAGAAAGAUAAGAAGAAAAAAAAGAAGAAGAAGCACCAUUCUUCGAGCAGCGAAGAUGAUUCUGAAGCAGAGAAAGAUAAGAAAUUGAAAAAGGCUCUGAAGGCUGAAGAAGAAUCUCAACAAAAUGCUGACAGGCUGUUAGCCAUGGAUGAAAGGAAGCGUCCAUACAACAGCAUGUAUGAAGCAAAGGCUCCUACAGAGGAAGAAAUGGAAGCGUAUUUCAUUAAACGUAAACGUGCGGAAGACCCAAUGGUUGGAUUUUUAUAAAAACAUUCAAAUUUGUUUUUCUUUGUCAAAUAUAUGUUUAGUAAUCUUUUUGACAAAAUUUUGUAUAUAUCUUAUUUGCUAAUAAAUGUUAAGUUUUAUUUAA